UUUUAUGAUUGUGUACUUGAUCAAAGAACAUUAUCAUCUCACCAUUAUUCCUCUCUGUAACCUAAAUUAAGCAACAGAAAAUGGCUGUGAAUAUACCAGGCUUAGUAUCUCUGAGUGUGUUUUUUACAUUAACUUUAACUACUGGAAUUUGGGCGUCUUGGAAAAGCAGAAAGGAUCAGCAGAACAGGAACCCAACAGAGAUGGCCAUGGUUGGAGGCAGGAAUAUAAAUGUUUUCAUUGGAUUGUUUACUGCAACAGCCACCUGGGUUGGAGGAGCAUACAUCAACAGCACAGCUGAAAUUGUCUACCUGCCCUCAAAAGGAUUACUGUGGGUGCAGGCACCUGUGGGAUUUGCCUUGUCCCUUGUUAUUGGUGGUUUCUUCUUUGUAAAUCCAAUGAGAGCAAAGAAUUAUGUGACCGUGAUGGACCCCCUUCAAGAAACUUAUGGGAACAUGAUGGGAACCUUACUUUUCAUUCCACCACUGCUAGGAGAGGUGUUCUGGUUUGCAGCUAUCCUGGCAUCCCUGGGAGCAACAAUGAGGGUCAUCUUGGAUAUUGGAGGCUCUUUGGCUAUCACCGUCUCGGCAUGCACUGUCAUACUUUACACUCUUCUGGGAGGCCUCUACUCUGUUGCCUACACCGAUGUCAUCCAGAUGGUUUUCAUUACCCUCAGUCUGUGGAUCUGUAUCCCCUUUGCCCUGGUGAAUUCUGCAACAGAAAGUAUUUAUUACACUGCAACCCAUCAAUCUUACCAAGACCCUUGGAUUGGGAAGAUAGAAAAACAGUUUCUUGGAAGGUGGCUGGAUGACUUCUUCUACUUGGUGCUUGGGAGCAUCCCGUGGCAGACUUACUUCCAAAGGGUGCUCUCUGCUGCCUCGACAGGACAGGCAAGGCUCAUCUCCUACCUCUCUGGGCUCGGGUGCUUUGCAAUGGCCAUCCCUUCUGUGCUCAUUGGGGCAGUCGCAGCAUCAACAGAUUGGAAUCAGACAAGCUACGGUCUUCCAAGUCCAUUUGAGAGAGGGGAGUCAGCAAUGAUACUACCACUUGUUUUACAACAGCUCUGCCCUGCAUAUAUCUCCAUUACUGGUCUGGGAGCCAUCGCUGCUGCUGCAAUGUCUUCUGCAGAUUCAGCUCUUCUCUCCACUGGCUCCAUGUUCGCUCACAACAUCUACAGGAAAAUCUUGAGGAAAAAGGCUUCAGAGACAGAGGUGUUGUGGGCCAUGAGGACCUCCAUGUUGGUGUUUGGGGCCGGGGCUGCUGGUCUGGCUUUUUACUCCAGCUCUGUCUACGACCUCUGGUUCCUCAGUGGGGAGCUGGUGUACGCCCUCCUCUUCCCCCAGCUCUGCUGUGCCCUCUUUGCACCCAGCACGAACACUUAUGGAUCAGCUGCUGGCUUCCUGGUUGGGCUCCUGCUGAGGCUACUGGCAGGGGAGCCUGCCCUGAGCAUCCCCCCCAUCAUCCGCUACCCAGGCUGCUCCCUGGUGAACGGGACCUACAGCCAGCUCUUCCCUUUUAAAACAUUCACCGUGCUUCUCACCUUGGGCACGAUCCUUGCUGUUUCACACCUAGCCAAGGCUGUGUUUCAGAGAAACCUCCUCCCUCGCAGCUGGGAUGUUUGCAAUGUCACGGGGGGAACCGCCAUCCUCAUCCCCUUGCAGCAGGUGGAGAAACUGGAGUGUUUGCCAGCUGCUGCACUAGAAGAGAACCAUGAUUAGAUGUGGGCCUUCACUGGAAAGGCCACAGUGUGUUCUGCAGUUAGAGCAUGGCACAGACAGCAUCGCUCUUUGCUUUCUCCACUAAUGAUUUAUUUAAAGUUCUCCCCGAGAAAUAAAGAGGCAUUCUGUUCAUCCAAGGAGAAUAUGUGAGUCUGAAGUCAGCAGUGAUUAAAGUCACAUGGUGGUGGAGCACAAUCUUGUGGUGGUGACCAUGGGACACCUUGGGCCCUAGCAGUGGUUGCUUCAAGGUGCCCCUGGUAUUCCAACUGAAAGCAAAGCUGUAAUCCUGCUCCAACUCUUAGGGUGUUCCCAAGUCACAUACUUUUCUCACCACAAAGAAGAUAAAUUAAUGUCUGAUACAUUGAGUACUCUUAACUUAAAAAAAAAAAGAAAAGAAAAAAAAAAAAGAAAAAAGAGCAAACCUUUUUCCAUUACACAUCAAGGGGUUUAGUAUAAUCAUCCCUGGGGAGCACAUCAAAUUUCUGAAAACAAAAAUUACUGAAAGCAGUGCAACUGCCACAGCAGUGCAGCAGUAAUGUCAGUUCUGCACCAUUCCUUGUAUGCUUUACAAAGCUUUCCUUCAUACUGCAAAAGUUUUUGCAUGUCUUUCCCCACUGCAGUAUCUGCCAGUGGAUCCCUCAGCCUGGGAAUGUGUGAGACAUCCCCUCUGCACAACUUGGUAGGGCAGUAACAAGUAAGCAAGAUAAAGCUACAGUCCUUAACUAUUCACGAAGAUUUACAUAGCCACUAUUUACAAAAAGGUAACCAGACAGAAAAACAGAGGUGCCAGACAGACUAUUGGAUGAAUUUUGUCUAAAACCUGUUAUAUCAGUCGUGUCAAGGUUUUACCAUAGCAUGGCAGCAGGAUGGUGUGUGACAUACAAAAAGUGGUGUGUGAGAACUCGGAGGACUGUGAGUCCUCUGGACAGAAAGGUGCUGGAAACUGAUCCUAAACUUUCCUGCAGGGGCACAAAAUCCUAAAAUCCUGAAGGCAAGAUCCCAAAAGAUUCAAGCCACAGAUGAGUACAGAAAAGCCCCCAACACCUUGUUUGCAUAAAUUCUUAAUGGUUGGAAGACAAGAAACCCAGAUAAAUGGUGAGUUUGGACUCUAGCCUGAGGUCUGAUGGACUGAGAACAUCCCCCAGUGAGAUGGCAUCAUUAAGAUGUGAGCUAAAUUAAAGAUUCAAGAGGAUUCCAUAGUAAUGGCUCACAGAUGGCUGUUAUUUUAUACUUCCCUCAGCAGCUGUGCAGCAUCUUACCGAGGUCAGUUGCAAUCCACCCACAAGAGCCAGCAGGAGCCACACUCACAGUACCUUUUCAAAGUGGUUGUGGGAGCUGCUGUGAGUGGAAACACCUGCCACUAUUGAAAGGAAGAUACUUACUGGGAUAAACAAAAUAUCCUGUAGCAAAGUAACCCUCACAGCCAGGUGAACUGCUGAGGUGAAAACAAGGUGCUGGUCUGUGAUUUACUUCCAGCAUGUGCCAUGCACUAAAUGAGAAGCUCCACUAGUGCCACUGCAGCAAGCUCAGCAAGGAGUCACUAGAUUCUGAAUUGUACCAAGGCAACUGCCUUGGCUUGGGAGGAGGACUGUCAGCACUGCACUCUAGAUAUGACUUUCAGGACUCUGCUCUGUGUGGGGGAUCAUUCAGCUCUUUUAAAAUAUCCAUCCUCAGCAAGGUGGAGUUUCUGCUCCUUAUCAGAAAAAUAUCACAUAAUCUUCUGUUUUGUACUAGUAUUAGUGAACACCUGGGCACACUAACCUUCCAAUGCACAGCAGUCCUGUUCCAGGACUUUAUUAAACCAAAACUGAUAUACUUUGUUGAUAUAUUUGUUAAACCAGAAAUUCUCUCCUGUCUCUAGAGACUGCCAUGAAAUAUUAAUUAUAAUGUGUCUAGAAAAGGAGAAAAAAACCGGUUUAAAUAUCAAAAGCUUUGCCAUUGACUAUGGCCCUAGGCAGUCACCACAGGAAUCUUUCACACAUUUGAGUGGGAGUGUGUGAGGUUGUGCUUAGGCAAGGGAGGCACCAAAGCUAUCAUUACCUCAGAGCCAGGAGAACAGGGCUCUCGUUAAAUCACAGCUGCUGGAUGCUGACUGAAGCAUACUCCCCUGAGAGAUUUAGGGGUGACCUACUUUGAGGACCUGUUCAUCCCCCUAUGUGGAGCAGAUCAAAGCUGCAUUUGAACCAGGGUACAGACCUGCUGCAUGACCCAGAUAAGAGUGAAACUCCAAUGGCCUCAUGCCAAGGUCAUCACCCUACCUCUUGACCAUAGAACCAUAGAAUGUUAAGGGCUUGGAAGAGACCUUAAAAAUCAUCUAAUUCCAAGCCCCUUUGCCAUGGGCAGGGAUGCCCCUUACUAGAUGAGGUUUCUCAGGGCCCCAUUCAACCUGGCUUUGAACACUUCCAGGGACUGGGCAUCUGCAACUUCCCUGGGCAACCUGUUCCUGUGCCUCACCAACCUUUUGAGUAAAGUAUUUAUUAUCUAAUCUAAAAAUUCCCUCUUUCAUUUUAAAAACACUGCCCUUUGUCCUGUCACUAUCUGUUCAUACAAAAAGUC